AUGGCGUCCGCAAUCGCAAAGGCGACCCGCACCGAGGCCGACUUGGACCGCGUCCCCGUCCGCGUCGUGCGCUUCGUCCGCCUCGCCACCGCCGGCGGUCUGGCCUACGCCGCCUACCGCAUCCACUGGCGCGUCCUCCUCGCCAACUUCUUCACCGGCCCCGGCCGCAUCAGCCGCAUCCUCAUGCUCUUCUUCGCCCUGCUGAACCUCAAGAACAUGCCCUUUGUCUGGACCUACCGCGUGUGGUCCGCCAUCAUCUACCACCUCUUCAUCCGCAAGUCCCCCCGCCUCGGCCCGCGCUCCCUCUUCCGCCCCAUGAUCAGCCAGUCGCACGCGCCCAUCACCGAGAUCGACUACAACAUCCACAAGUCCAACUCGACCUACUUCGCCGACCUCGACGUCUCCCGCACCCACCUGUGCACCUACCUCCUCCGCCCCGGCUUCCGCCGCCUCGCCCACAACGCCACCACCGGCCUAGAUGCCCGACUCGCCAAUCUACUAAAAGAGCUGCAGCUUGGCUGA